GCGAGGCGAGUCGCGGCGUCGGAGGCGCAAGAUCGAGGCCGUGUGUCUGGGACGCACGCCAGAUUCCAACCCCCUGGCCUCGCCUCCCGAGGACGCGGAGACGCGCGGGAUUGACCCGGUCUUAGCCCCACCCGGGAUGGUACCGCAGCAGCGUUGAGGAGAUGGCGUUCUUUCCCCCUCACCCGGCAGGCGCAGCGCUCGGCGUCGCUUCGGCCGGGAUGGGCCUGCUCGCGCCCUUCUUCCGCUGGCAGGCCGAGUGGCAGGCGGGGGCGCUCGGCGGCGAGGGCGACCGCACGGCGGCGGCGGCGCAGCUGGAUGCGGAGGUUGGCUCCGCGCCGGUGGUGAUCUACACGUAUGGCUGGUCUCCCUUCUCCUCCGAGGCGGUGGCACUCCUCGACGGCACCGGCUGCGAGUAUAAGCAGGUGCAGCUCGGGGCCGAGUGGUUCCUGCUCGGCGGCGUGGCGUCCAGCGUGCGCGCCGAGCUGCUGCAGCGGCACGGCGUCUCGUCGCUGCCGCAUGUCUUCAUCGGAGGCCGCAGCGUGGGCGGGCUCUACUCGGGCAACGCGCAGGGCGAGGUCGGACUCGUCCAGCUCAAGAAGGAGGGCCGCCUCGACGGCUUGCUCCGCGAGGCGGGCGCACUGCGCGCGUCUGACUCUUAGAUGAAUCGAUCGCGAUUUUCCCCGAGGUCAGAGCCUUCCUUGGGGCCUGUGCGCCAUAUUCUUCGUAUAUUCUUUGUCGAAGCGAUUUUCAGCG